AAUUCUGUUUUUUUUUUCCUUUCUCUCUCUCUCUCUCUCUCUCUCUCUCUCUCUCUGUCCUUCUAUAUCCUCAGCAACACACUCAGAAAAUGUUGAACAAACAGCUAGAAUCUUUUGUUCCAAACAAAAACGUAUGAAUUGGUCGGUUUUUCUACGGAGUCGUCACCAUGAAUCAUCUUCAGUUACCACCAACAAGCUCCACGCUUGAGUUUCACGUUUCUCCGAGGUUUUAUUAUCAUCCGUGUCGUGUCUCUGUCUCCGUCUUUUAGUUUCUUCUUCAGAUGGCAGAAGUUGAAGACAGAGACAACAACACUCGUCACCACCAUCAUUACAUUUCUUCAACAACAACAACACAAUCUCCAAUGAACAAUUUCCCGCGAGAUCUGUUAAGAACCUUCAUGGGAGUGAACAAUAAUAAUAAUAAUAAUAAUAAUAGUAAUAAUAAUAAUCACCACAAUUUGCCUAUGCCAGUGGUGAAGUUAGAGGAGGAGUUAGAACUAAGUCUCGACCUUUCGAUGAAUGGUCGAUUUGGGGUGGACCCCACGGCGAAGAAGAUAAAGAGAACAACUUCGAUACCGGAGUUUGCAAGCGACAAGGAGAUGGGAUAUGCUACGGUGGGGUGCACGGGGUCUCUGGUGAGGACGUGUUCGCUUCCGACGGAGACCGAGGAGGAGUGGCGGAAGAGGAAGGAGUUGCAGACGCUGCGGCGGAUGGAGGCGCGGAGGAAGCGCUCCGAGAAGCAGAGGAACAUGAAAGCCUUGAGAGAACAACAACAGAGGGUUGUUGGUGUUGUUGGGUCCCAAGGGAGCAAUCCGGUGGAUCAAGGUGCAGGGGAGUACGGUGAGGUUGCAGUUGCACCACCCUUGGCGAGAACUGUGUCGUUGACCACACGUGUUUGUGGACUCGGCUUGAAUGGGGACAGUGAAAAAGAGAAGAAGAGUGGAAUAGUGUUGCCACCUCCCUCGCCUUCUCAGGGUUCCAUUGGUUCUUCCGGAAUCUCUGAAGCUGAGUCUCAACAGGGUCAAGGAACAACACCUAUGGAUGUUAGAAGCCCUACUAGUGCUAACUUGUUGCCAGACAGUGAACUGAAAUCACCAGCAGGUGUUGCUGAGAACAACACAGGCAAGAAUGCUGCUGCUGCUGUAGUGACAAUGAGAAGUCAAUCUAACAAACAUUCACCACCACAGAGCAGAACCAAAGACAUUGUGAGGAACUUGUUGGAAGACAUGCCCUGUGUCUCCACCAAAGGAGAGGGCCCUAAUGGGAAAAGAAUAGAAGGCUUUCUUUACCGGUAUGGAAAAGGUGAGGAAGUGAGGAUAGUUUGCGUUUGCCAUGGCAGUUUUCUCACCCCUUCUGAGUUUGUCAAGCAUGCCGGUGGCAGUGACGUGGCAAACCCCUUGAAACAUAUUGUUGUUAGUCCGAGCUUGUUGUGAGGCCAAGAGAAAGAACCAACCAAUUAUAUGAGUGAUCAGAUUUUACUCUAUUGACUCCUAUGUUCACUCUUGAACUCACCUCUACUUCUUCUUCUAAUCUGCAUGUUAUGUUCAAGUUCUGUUCAUCUUUUGAAAUCAUAGAUAAUAUUCUGAAAGAAUCUGAUUUUCUUAUUCAGGUAUUCUUCCCCUUUGUUCCUAUUUGACAGUAGAACAGGAGGGACAAUGAUACCUGUUAGAGUUUGUUAGCUAGUUUUCUGUUAUCUGUUAGUUUCCAUCAACUUAAUUUAGUACUUCAGUUUUUGUUUUUC